GGCGGUGGGAUGGGCGAGACGACUGGCAGGAAAGCCUAGCCUAUGGGAAGUGUCUUAGACAAACGAGGGCGGGCGUUCCUGUAGAACGGCGUGAGCACUGGCCAAUAGGCGCGCCAGGCGCGGGGCGGCUUCCCCUCCCCCCACGGCCGGACCAGUGGCUCCCCCUAUCGGGUGGGGGCGGCGAGUGACGGGCGGGUCCCUCCCCCAAUGAGAGGCGGGGGGAGGCGGGUUCUGCGCCGCCAUGUCGCGGAGGCUGCUGCCCCGGGCGGAGAAGCGGCGUCGGCGGCUGGAGCAGAGGCAGCAACCGGACGAGCAGCUGAGGCGGUCUGGAGCGAUGGUGAAGAUGGCGGCUGCGGGAGGCGGCGGUGGCGGCGGCCGCUAUUACGGCGGCGGCAGUGAGGGCGGCCGGGCCCCGAAACGGCUCAAGACAGACAACGCCGGCGACCAGCAUGGAGGCGGUGGCGGAUCCGGGGCUGCGGGCGGCGGCGGCGGGGAGAACUACGAUGACCCGCAUAAAACACCUGCCUCCCCGGUCGUCCACAUCCGGGGCCUGAUUGACGGCGUUGUGGAAGCCGACCUCGUGGAGGCCUUGCAGGAGUUUGGACCCAUCAGCUAUGUGGUGGUAAUGCCUAAAAAGAGGCAGGCACUAGUGGAGUUUGAGGAUGUAUUGGGGGCCUGCAACGCUGUGAACUACGCAGCUGACAACCAGAUCUACAUCGCUGGGCACCCGGCCUUUGUCAACUACUCCACCAGCCAGAAGAUCUCCCGGCCGGGGGACUCGGAUGACUCGCGCAGUGUCAACAGCGUGUUGCUCUUCACCAUCCUGAACCCCAUCUACUCCAUCACCACGGAUGUUCUUUAUACAAUCUGCAAUCCUUGUGGCCCUGUCCAGAGAAUUGUCAUCUUCCGAAAGAAUGGGGUCCAGGCCAUGGUGGAGUUUGACUCCGUGCAAAGUGCCCAGCGGGCGAAGGCCUCGCUCAACGGGGCUGACAUCUAUUCUGGUUGUUGCACACUGAAGAUCGAAUAUGCGAAGCCCACACGCUUGAACGUGUUCAAGAACGAUCAGGACACUUGGGAUUACACAAACCCCAACCUCAGUGGACAAGGUGACCCUGGCAGCAACCCCAACAAACGCCAGAGGCAGCCCCCUCUCCUGGGAGAUCACCCUGCAGAAUAUGGAGGGCCCCAUGGUGGGUACCACAGCCAUUACCAUGAUGAGGGCUACGGGCCCCCUCCACCUCACUACGAAGGGAGAAGGAUGGGCCCACCAGUGGGGGGUCACCGCCGGGGCCCAAGCCGCUACGGCCCCCAGUAUGGCCACCCCCCACCCCCUCCCCCACCACCCGAGUAUGGCCCUCACGCCGACAGCCCUGUGCUCAUGGUCUAUGGCUUGGAUCAGUCUAAGAUGAACUGUGAUCGCGUCUUCAAUGUCUUCUGCUUGUAUGGCAAUGUGGAGAAGGUGAAAUUCAUGAAAAGCAAGCCCGGGGCCGCCAUGGUGGAGAUGGCUGACGGUUAUGCCGUGGACCGUGCUAUUACUCACCUCAACAACAACUUCAUGUUUGGGCAGAAGAUGAAUGUCUGUGUCUCCAAGCAACCAGCCAUCAUGCCCCGCCAGUCGUACGGGCUAGAAGAUGGGUCCUGCAGUUACAAGGACUUCAGCGAGUCAAGGAACAAUCGGUUCUCCACCCCGGAACAGGCAGCCAAGAACCGCAUCCAGCACCCCAGCAAUGUGCUGCACUUCUUCAACGCACCUCUGGAGGUGACGGAGGAGAACUUCUUUGAGAUCUGUGAUGAGCUGGGAGUGAAGCGGCCAACUUCUGUGAAAGUAUUCUCAGGCAAAAGUGAGCGCAGCUCCUCUGGGCUGCUGGAGUGGGAAUCCAAGAGCGACGCCCUGGAGACUCUGGGCUUCCUGAACCAUUACCAGAUGAAAAACCCAAAUGGCCCCUACCCCUACACCCUGAAGUUGUGCUUCUCCACCGCUCAGCACGCCUCCUAAUGAGGUGCCCACGAAGAAGCCCGUCUGAGCAGGAAAUUGUUUCUUAUGCCUGUUUUGGGUUUUUGUUUUCAUUUUUGUUUUUUCCUUUGACAGAAGUCCUCGGUUUUACUGUUUUUUUGUUUCUGUUUUUUUUUUUAAUGCUAGGUUAGUAGAGGCUUAACCAUAAUGGAAAUGCUGGAGGGGGUGGGAGAGGGAACUGAUAUCUCCCAAGAUUAACCUUCACUUUUUAAAAUUACUGUACAUGUGAUUUUUUUUUUCCUGUUCAUACAUUUGUGCUGCCCAUGUACUCUUGGCACAUUUCAAUAAAAAUUGUUUGGAAAAUAAA